AUGCCGCCCAAACGCGCAGGACUUGAUCCUGAUGCCGCAAGUAGCGCAGAAGAAUCACCAAACGCCCGAAGCGCCAGAAAUACAGAUAGCCCAAAUCCAAGAGCGGGUAGAACAUCGACGCCAGUAUUGCAGAGCAGUAACGUGAGCGCCAAUACCAGGAAAGGGAGACGGGGCAACAGUCCUAGAUCUGAAGAUAAUGCCAAUGAGUCCCAGAGUGUGUACGAGCACUUGGAAGCACAAAGACAAGAACUCUCGCAAGAAAUCAAAGACACGAAGGAGAAAGCCGAGAUACCCGAUUUUGAGGAACACCUUACAAACCGUGCUCGGGCGCGAGAUAAAAAUGCCGGAAAUCGAAUAGCUCUCGUUCGUGCGGCCAACAAGGCGGUAGGCGGGCAAGAGAAAUUCGACCGCGUUGUACGCCGGGAAGCCCACGCCGCACGCACACAUGCGACUGCCUUGUAUGAAGACUUUCAAUAUUAUCAGACGCCUGAGUUUCGUUCUCAGUAUCUCCAAGACAUUGACAAGGUGAAAGAUCGAAUACAGCAGUCGAUACGGGAUGGGCAGCCUCCUGGGCUACUCUCAGGAGACGAUGCUUACGAUAAAGUCCUACGUCCAAUCCUCAAAUCGCUUGAAGAUGAUAAGGUCGGUCAAACGGAGACACUCGAUUACGACAACAUGGGUCCCCAUCACCUACACGUCAGGAUACCAAGGGCAAAGAGUCAAGCUGUGGGAUUAGGUAGACCGCGAGUUCCGCCAAUCGACCCGCCGAUCAACCUGAAACUUGAUGUCGAAGCUAUCGAGAAGAGAAGGAAGAAAGUGGAAGAUGAAAAUAAGGAUGACAAGAUGGCUGAGUCACACUCUGAACGUCGAGCACGAGAGACGGGGCUUUCAGAAGGACUGCCCUCAGAUAGUCAUGUCAAUGACGCAUUGGCAACAGCGAAUAAUCUUAGUAGAACGCGACUGGAGAGUGGCCUGUUCAUUUCAGCGGGCGAGACAUGGGACGACUGGAAGACUUCCGACGAGCGAGAUGCACCGAAUGAGCUUUACGACCCACCGACCGAGGAGGAGAUGCCAGAUGAUGACAGCGAUUCUAGCGACGACGAAAACGACUUGUUUGCAAUCAGUUACCGCGAAUGUAGUGGUUUGGCAGGUUUUCCCCGUGGUGGCGGUGGUGGUGAUGAUGAUGAUGGCGGUAGUGAUGAUGAUGGCAAUAGUGAAAAGGGGGAAAAGAAAGACACCAAUGAUCCAGGAGCACCAGCCAACCCUGCUGGUGGGCCGCCAACUGGGUCCGAACCUCGACCUCAAUCGCCAAGAAAGAAAGCGAAGGAACAUGACUACACGCAAUACAAUCGCCCACAAGUCCGUACAGCUUUGAAGUAUCGAGAGCAAGCUCAGAGUGCUCAGUAUGUUACGGAGCUCCACAAGCGUGCUAAUGAUUAUGACGACAACCCGAAACAACCUGGUACUAUUCAUCACUAUAUCCUGAAGGAUCGGAGUGUCGCAAAUCGUCUUGAGAAAAGGAUUACUGAACUGGGUGAAGGUUGGUCGACUGAAUAUAAAAAAGAACUCGAUGAGCAGAAUAAGAAUGGCGAACAAGUAGAUACUGACGUAUCCGAAGAGAACUCUCCCGCGUCAACCGGGAAGGGGAAAGCUAAGAAGACAUCUAAAUCUAAGGAAAAGAAGAAGACGCAGCCAAAACGUAAGAGCAAGAAGUAG